ACCUUAAUCCAAUUACGCAUAAGAAAAAAAAAUGUAUCUAAGAACCCCAAUUGAUCGUGUAUUAUUUUUCCCAUCAAAUCCAAAAUCUCGAAGAACCCAAAAUGGGUCUUUGAGAGUUCAUUCGAAAAUUAACAACAAUGUGAUGGAAAUUAGUGAAUCAAAAAGCUUUUAUGAGCUUUUGGGUAUUAAAGAAACUGGUUCUUUAGUCGAAAUCAAACAAGCGUACAAGCAAUUAGCAAGAAAGUACCACCCGGAUGUUUCACCUCCGGGUCGGGUCGAUGAAAAUACCCAAAGGUUUAUUCGGGUUCAAGAAGCUUAUGAGACAUUAUCGGAUCCUAUGUCAAGAGAUAUGUAUGAUAAAAACAUGUUUAAAGGUCUUCACUUUGCUCGUAGGAGGUGCCAAAAUAAUGAGUCAAUGGAGGACAACAGCGAAUGGAAGAAUCGUUGGAAUUCCCAGCUAUCAGAGUUAAAAAGAAGAAACACAUACAAGGACUCUGGUAACAAUAUGUCUUGGGGUGCACGUAUGCGUAGACGAAGGAAUGAAACAUCGUUAUAAUGAAUAAUGCUUGUAUAUUAUUACAUAAUUGGAAGUGUUUGGUUAGCAUUGAUAUUGUUAUAAGUAGAGUAACAACUAUACAAGUGCUAACCAAAUAUAGAAAACUCUCUGUACAUUCAGUUAUUUGAAUCAAAGUUGCUUCUCUUAUUUCA